AUGGACCAGUCAUCAACUCAAAGCAUUCUCAUUCAUUUAAAUCAGGGCAACUACCAAGCAGCACUUGACCUUGCUACAGAACUCAACCUUGACAAAACAGUCAUUUAUAAAGCACAAUGGUCACAGCUAUCAAGACAGAAAGGAACACACAUUCAAGAAAGCGAUCUUGAACUAUUGACGCUUGUGAAAGACGAUGAUGCUUGGGUAGCUGUUCAAUGCUUAAAUACAGUGGUGGAUGAACCCAAUGUGCAAAAAAAGAUUAUUGAACUAGGAAAAGAAUGUGCCAUGAAGCAGACAGAGGCGAUUGUAGCAAAACUCGAUCCACAAUACACACCAACGACACAAGAACUCACUUGGCUACGAACGCGACACUAUUUUUUGCAAUACUCGGACCGUUUAGAAACUAUGAUCAAGAUAUGGUCAAGCUUAAUCGACAAAGGAUCUUUUGCUGAGGUCUAUAGUCAGUUUCGUGAUUGCAAUUUGAUUGCUUUGGCUAUCGAAUCAGCUAGAGAAGGGAAUAAUAUUAUACUUGAUGCAUUGUUUAUGCAUCAUGGCAAACAGCUUCUUCCCUACCGACUAUUCAUUCUUUCACAGAUACCAGAGACAGCCGAUCCGAGCAGUUUUGACUUACCUCACGUCACGAAUGAUCACGAAGAUCCAUGGUUACAGGAGCCUUGGAGAUCAGAUUUGGAUAUUGUAGAGCAGGAUUGGGUACAGGAUUUGAUCCGACUUGAUGUGCCAGAAGAGGCUGCCUAUUUAAAAGCACUGCACGAUAAUAUUCAAUCUACAGACUAUCCGACCUCUCUGAAAGUCAUUGCUGGUUGGUAUAUGGAACGUGCUGAUGCAGCAGAUGCUAUUGGUUUGAGCACCCACGCUUUAGAGAUUAGCCGAUACGCCCAAGUGAUGGGAGUCACUGGCAUAGAAUCUGAGCUAGCAGAGUAUGAGUGGCUAUGUAAAUAUGUCUACUAUUCCAACGACAGUAGAUUCAUCAACUUGAGUAAAUUUCGAGAGUUAUCAAACUAUGAAGUGUUGGAAGGAUUAUUGCACAACACAAGCUCAAAGACAAUCAUAGAUGAUAUGCUUCGACUUGCCUUGCCAUGGAUCGAAGUAUGUAAGAGCAGAAAAAUACAAGAAUACGAGGAUGAGGAAAAGGCAGAAUUCUUGUUGCAUCGAUGGUUGCUUGGUACACAAGCAACUCCCGAUCAUCUUGACCGAUGCUGCUUGAUCUGUGAGCAUUCAAAACCGACUUUGGCAACUGAAGAUCGUGUGAUCAAGGACAACUUUGACCUCUCCAGGCUUGUUCUUUCUAUUAUCUAUUCCAGUGAUGGCUCACAUAUGGAAUACUUGGUGCGUUUAUUUGAAUGUCUUCCUAUCUUUCCAGAUACCCCUCAGCAAGAUACGGAAGUAACAGAUAUGGCAACCAUUUUACCAUACGCAAGCACUCCCCUAGGCAUAUUUACGGCGCUUCAAGAAGCCGGACCCUUUGGUCUGACCAAGAUGAUGGAUACCCUGCAAGGUCACCUUAGUUCAGCUGAGAUGCUCGCUAGAUACCAUACGUAUGUACCUCUCCGUUGGUACUUGGAAGAUCAGCCAGUCAGUUCACAGCGACAGUUAUGUAUACGUAUAGCAAGUCAGGCAGCUGGUGGUGUAGAAUCAGGAGGCGCUCGCUUCGAUCAAGACGAUGAUUGGCGCGAAUUGCUCGAUGAUAUGCUUCGGUUGCAAGAUGACGGAAAAGGUGUCUUUGGAAAACUGGACUCUGAGGAAGUUUUGGAGAUAUUCUUUAGCUCAUUAUUAAGAUGCGGACGAUUUAAGCUUGCCAAAGAAUUGAUAUUAGGAAGAAAUAAGCUGAUAGAUAUAACAAAAGCUGAAAAACUAGUCAUAGACGCCGAAAGAGAAUUCUUUGAUAAUGCAACAUCAGGAGACAUGUAUUCUGGUGAUUUAAAGCAAGCCUGGGAUUGCCUCAAGGUCCUUCCUCCUACAACACAAAUAAAAAAAGAAAUAGGUCUAAUCGAAGCUGCUCAUACACUUAUUGCAGAAUAUAGGGUGCAAUAUCAACCUGGAAUUAGUUUAAUGCCAAUUCAAAUACGACAAUCUAAUGAUCGACUGGAAUUUAUAUCCAAACUUCUAAACAUGAAACGAGAUAUUUACAACCAUCACGAAAAAGUUUUGCAGCUUGUGACAAGAUUGGGAUAUAAUGAGAGCGACACGCUUGCAAAGGUGAAGGCGAUUUCUAUGUUGGCCAGUGCUGCGCUUGUGGAAGAAGACUAUUUACAGUCUUACAAACUUUGUCAAAUUGCAGUGGAAAUGGCUUUGAACAAGUCAACCAAGCAUUCCAGGGCGUAUAAUGAUCAAGUGGACCAUACUGCUUGGCAGAUCUGUUUCAACUUGGGCAAGCUAAAGUCAUUUGACGAUGUGAGUAGAAGAUUAAAUGUGCUGUCAAUGGCAAUGUCUCUAAGUCCUGCCGAGCAUUUACGAGACGUGCUGGCCGCGUGGCGUGAGUUGGAUGCAACAAAGCCAAGUCAGAUUGAUUUGGCACAAUUGGAUGCAGACCGCUAUGAAACCAAUACAGAGUCAGCAUCCAACUGGCAAGGCCUUUUACAGAAUGCUACCAAGCAGUGGAGUCUUGGCGAUCUGCUAGCUGGUGCAAGUGGAGAGCAAACGGAAGGUGGAAAGCGAAAACGAGAUAUUGUUCGAAACGUCGUGGGCAGUUGGUUAUUCUAA